GAGCAGCUGGGACACACUCUGGUUUUUAACUGUCAACUUCGUGAGAAACAUCAUCUGAACGGCUCCGCAGCCUCAUCUCCUUCCUGCACAGCCACUCAACAGGAUAAAAAAUCAUGUCCGGGCUGCAGAAACUCCCCCUCACGGUGGCCCUCUGCCUGCUGCUCGUAGCCACACUGUUACCCAGCUCUGAGGCCCGUCGUGGUCGUGGAGGUGGUUCCUUUGGCCGAGGUGGAGGAGGAUACAGUCGGGGCUGGGGCGGCGGCGGUGGCCAAGCUUACAGACCGGCCCCAGCCCAGAGCAGUGGCCCCAGUGCAGCAAAAGUAGCUGGAGCAGCUGCAGCAGGGGCCAUAGGUGGAUCAAUGCUGGGGUCAGCUCUGAGUCGCCCUGGGUAUGGGUACGGGUAUGGUGGAGGUUAUGGAGGAUAUGGAGGUGGAUAUGGAGGAUAUGGAGGAUACGGAGGGGGGUACGGAUACCCACGAUACGGCGGUGGCUACGGUGGUGGCUAUGGCUCAAGGCCUGCCAAUGAGCCAGAGGGCUCUGGAGAUAUGGAGUACUACACCGGAGCGUCCAGCGGGCCCAUCUACAACAGCAUCAUCGUUGUGAUCGGCUCCUUGAUGUCCCUGCUGAUUGGCCACUGGGUGGCAGUCAUGUAGAGCUGGAGACACAGCUGGCAUCUCAAAAACAGACACAACUAAUCCCUGAUGAAAAAUAACCCACAACCUCACAGUGAACAACUGGUUUAAAGCAAAUAUAAUCUAAAAUAUGACCCUUGGAUGAUGAAAUUCGGUUUCGUCGACACUUAAGUGACCCUUUAUGAGGAUAGGAAGAGCCAUCUAACCUCUACAACAUGUCAGCGUGACACCUUUACAUCAUAAGAUCAUUUAACUUGAUGAAUACCUGACUGCAUUGUGUCCCACAUUUCCAUUUCCCCUGUUAUCGUGGCCAGUCUUUUUAUAUGUUUAAUCACUGUGGUGGUGCUGAUAUUUGAUGAUGGUGAUGAAUCUGUGAAGAUAAACCAGGAAUAAAUAAGAUGUGUCAUCAGGUUAAGUCUACCUCAAGAAAACAUGUCAGGACCAAAAGUAUAAGAGCAGCUUUAGACUUCAUAUGAUGCCAUCUCUUAGUAUAUUUCAUCAUAACUUAAUUUAUGCCCUACAUAUCAACACAAUGCGUGUAUCUAACUC